GUUAAUAGCUCCUGAUUGGCUCCGCGUGGUCAUGCGACAUGUUGACGUCACCGAGGUGCGAAUGGCAGCGCUUCACUGGGUGGAGAUUUAAGACAAACAGUCGCAAGGCGCCACGCCUCGUCAUCAACAACACGACGUUGCAACUUUUGUUUUACCAAAAAAACAAGGCUAACCAAAAAUUGUGUACGACUCCACUAUGGCUCCGCGUGGUGGACGUCUUUGUGCGCUCCUCGUCGUUCUUUGUUGUCUUCACACCUGUUGGUGUGACACAGAGUCUUCCUACCCUGUAGAAAACGGCCGAGGCUUCACCGGCACGGAGACCCCCGAUGGCAUUUUGGUGGGUCCGCAGGCCGAAUGGGUUCUGAGCAGCGGCCUCACCACAGUUUUCCUGCCGAUCGUCUACAUCAUCGUUUUCGUGGUUGGCCUGCCUGCGAAUGCUAUGGCCGUUUGGGUGUUCCUGUUCCGCACCAAGAAGAAGCAUCCGUCGUCCAUCUACAUGGCCAACCUGGCGCUGGCAGACCUGUUUUUUGUCAUCUGGACACCACUGAAGAUCGCUUACCACAUCAACAACAACGACUGGAUAUACGGCGAGGGGCUGUGCAAGGUCAUGGUGGGCUUCUUCUACGGGAACAUGUACUGCUCCAUGGCCUUCAUCGCCUGCAUCAGCGUGCAGCGUUACAUGGCCGUGGUGUACCCGCUAGCGCAGCGUCAGCGCGAGAACACCGUCACCUAUGUGAUUUCGGCGGCCAUCUGGGCGGUGGUGUGGUUGCUUACCAUCCCGCUCUAUUUGUACGACCAGCAGGUGCGGGUGGCAAAACUGGGCAUCCUCACCUGUCACGACGUCACCCGACCCAGCCAGAGGAAGAUGCCUGCGGGCUAUUUCCUCACCAUGGGCACGGCAGGUUUCCUAGUUCCCGCUGCCGUCUGCGCCGUCUCCUAUGUGCUAAUGCUACGGGCGCUACGCACCAGCAUGACUACGGAUGACGCUGUGGCCAAGAAGCGGCGCAAGGCGGUGUUGCUAAUCAUCACCGUGCUGGUGAUGUUCAUGUUGUGCUUCGCGCCCAGCAACAUAAUGCUCCUGGUGCACUACGUGCUGCUCCUGAACGAGGUCCGCAACAACCUCUACGGGUUCUACAUCACCGCACUGUGUCUGGCUAGCCUCAACAGCUGCAUCGACCCCUUCGUCUACUACUACAUCUCUGAUGAAUUCCGCGAGCAUAUCAAGAACACCUUCCUGUGCCGAAGCCAGCGCACUGUGGAGAGGAUGCGUGUGUCUUUCAGUGCGAUGAAGUUCUCCAAAAAGAGCAAUACAUACACGACGACGGACUCCAGCGGGAACACCAGGAGCUCACAGUGCUAGCCGGCUUGUCAGACCUUCUCCAGAUCACAGACUACUUUAGUUAUUACAGUUUUAAAUAGUUCUAAAGUUAAGUGUGAAAACUUUGGUCCUACCUUUGUGGAGUUCUCAUCUUCUCAGGGUAAUAUGGCUUCCGUUCAAACCCCAAAAACAUUCCAGAAAGACUAGUUCAGUCAGUUUCGGCCUAUAUUUUGUACAAUUUUCGAGUGACAACCAUGACUUUACAUAGUUGGUGAAUACAUGACCUGCGUGAGUGAACAAUGUAAAGUCACGAUUGGCAAUCAGAACGAUAACAGACCAUUAACACAUAUUUCGGCUAUCUUCUAGAUAUUCCAGAUCCCUCACACAAUCCAACUUUACACAUAAGCUUCAUUAAAGACCAAAUUAUCUAUAGACGUGAAUGUGACUGUAAAUGACUUUUUGUGUAUACAUGGCCUGUGAUUGGCUGGCGACCAGUCAGGCUUAUUUUCAGCUAUGAUAAAUAAGUGACAUAUCAAAUUGAAGAAUUUUUGUAAGUGUGCUUUUUUCGCUUGUUACUUACUUGUAGUAUUUUGUGUUCUGUUUUUCAUCUUUAGUAUAUUAGUUUGUUGCAUUUCUAUGCUUUGCUGAGCCUUAAGGAUCCUUCAGUGCCUCUGAACUGUAUUUGUGUGUAAAUACUAGUCUGGGAGCCUCCAUAAUCAACCGGGUCUCGAAAACAAUGAAGCCGCAAGAUACAUGUUCUAUCACCCCCCCUCCCAUUUUUUUUUAAUGACUGCAUAUGUAUUUGCGAAGGUUUGCUUUCAAUAUUUUUCAUUUAAAUUUUGCACUCUUGGAAAUUUAAUAAAUCUUUUUUUCUUAAUGUAGUUUUGGGAAUAUAUUUU